AUGUAUGAUCUGUUAGAUGAGGCUGUGUUCAGGCAGUACACUUUGUUCCACUGUCAGUCUCUUGGUGGACACCUGGCCUCAGUACACAGCUGGCUGGAGUCUAUAUUUCUGCUGCUCCAAGACUUUGGAAUGCGCUUCCACAAUUCAUCCGGGACUCCAAAUCUGUUGCCAUCUUCAUCCACCACCUCAAGGCUCCUUAACAAGAGUUCUCUCACUGUGACCAUGUUGACCGUUCUGCUUCUCAGUGCUGUCUUUGCUCUGGGUGAUGCGGGCGAUGGGGGUAAGCGCAAGUGUCCAAAAAGAUGGUUUGAGUUUCAGUCACAAUGCUUCCUGAUUGACAUAACUGCGAGGACCUGGCGUGAAGCAGAGCACAACUGUGUGUCUCUGGGCCGGAAUCUAGAGUCUGAGCAUGAUUCCGACAGCUACUCUGGACACUUGGCAUCGGUGCACAACCCUGAGGAAUUCCAGUUCCUGCAGGCACUAACACAGAUUGUGAGCCUCCCGCUCUGGAUUGGAGGUUCAGCCCAGGAUGGACGAUGGUCCUGGAGUGACGGCUCCAAAUUCAACUACAAGAACUGGGCCAAAGGAAAGCCGGAGAACUUUGAUCCUGCCAGAAGGCCAUGUAUCCAGAUGAACUAUGGAGAGAAACACCGGUGGAAUGAUGCAACGUGUGGAAUGAAGUUUCCCUCCCUGUGUUCUCUAAGGACAGAGUAGAUCUGGCAGAAUCAGACGUCGGUGUCUCUGAACAGAUUAGAGAUAAUCAAAAGCAUGAAUGUUUUUGAGAAUGCUCCUGAUCUGACUAAUAAAACAAGUGCACACA